UCAUUUUUUUGCCGCAAUUCUUAUUUAGAUCUUCUGUUAGGUAAAUUUAGCAUCACCUUAUACAAUUGAUGCAACUUAGAUGCGCAAAAUGGAUCCUGAAGAUAUAAUGGACAUAAACAUUCGCAUAUUCCGUGGGCAUAAAGGAGAAGUUAACUCGUGCUGUUUGUCCUCUGACCUCCAGCUGUUGGUGACUGCUUCAGAUGAUUCCCGUUUAAUCGUAUGGAAUGUUCGGCAGAGGAAACCGUUGUGUGAACUUGUAGGGCAUACAGGGCCGGUCAAUUCAUGUCAAUUCACACCUGAUAAUAAGGCAGUGGUCAGUGGUUCAUAUGACGGGAGUGUCAGGGUUUGGGAGACAUCUACAUCACGUUGCAGCAUGGUGUUACAUGAACACAAGAAAAGUGUUGAAUGUGUGAAUGUAUCGCAUGAUGGUUUAUUGGUGGCAUCAACAUCAUGGGAUGGUUGGGUUAUAGUUUGGAACUUGGAGACUGGAGCGUUGCUUUACAAACUACUCGGUCACAAGGAUUGCGUAAAAACUUGUUCGUUUUCACUCCAUGAUGAAUAUCUUGCAUCAGGGGGCUGGGAUUAUACUGUACGGGUGUGGAAGCUUAAAACAACAGCAAGAGAUAGUUGCACCAAUAGCAAAUGGCUGCUACGAAGGUUUAAAAAACUUUCCGAUCACGAUAUAUAUAUGAUGGUGUUGGAAGGACAUACGGGGAAUGUACAAGAUGUCGCGUUUUCCACAGCUGGUUUGUUGGCAUCAUGUUCAUGGGAUCGUAGUGUUUGUUUAUGGAAUCCACAUCGAGGGGAUUUGAUUCGGCGUAUGUUGGGGCACACAGGGUGGGUGAAAGCGAUCUCAUUCUCGUCGUCUUCGCUCGAACUCGCAUCUUUUGCUGAUGACGAUACAAUACGAGUUUGGAGCGUUAUGAGUGGAGAAUGUAUAAACAUACAUCAGAACCACACUGACCUUGCACAAGUUUGUUUAUUCUCUCAAUCAGGUGCCUUGCUAGCUUGUGGUUCAGCUAUAUUCAACCCACUACCUAAGCUUAAUAAUAAACCUGUGGUUGAUGGAUGUAAAUGAAACAAUAUUAUGCUUUAAACCAGUGGUUCUUAACCUUUUUAGCUUACGGACCCGUAAAAUUUCAAAACAAGUUUUGCGUCCCAGUGGACCUUUAAAAAUAAGAUCAACCUAAAAUGUAAUUACGACAAAAGUAAGCAACUCAAAAUCAAAGAAUGGAAACUUCAAUUUAACGAGAACUUGGCUGACUUCUUUGGAUAUUAAACAUGGUUCUAUUACAGCUUUUUUUUGCAAUUAAGAUAUUAAGUUGUAAUAUAUAUGGCUGACCGGUAUGAAAGUUGAAGUGGCCCGGCACCGAUUUUGAGAAUUCUACGGCAGAUGAGAACCACUGUUUUAAACAAAAUCUAUUUUGAGAUGAUUUUUACCUUAUUUUUCCACUGUUACCUGAAGCACUUUUGUAAAAACUAGUUUCCUAAACGCACUUUAGCAAAACACUGUUAUUUACUUUUACACUGUAUUUUGAACUGAAUUGUUUAUUGUAAUGCAGUAUGGGUUUCCUAUGAAUGAAUGUGGUUUAUUUAUCUUCGUGUUGCCAAGACAUUCGUUAUAACACGGUUGUUACCUCGCGCCGUUCACGAGCUACCACCCAUGUAAUUAGUUGCUGUCUUGACACAUACCAGUAUAAAGCCUUAUCCCUCCAUUAGGGUGCAAGCAAGUUACUACCAUUUACCCUCGCAUAGUAGAGCAACAACAGUCGUUAGAACACAGGUGUUCUGUUUCAUACACCUCGUGCCUGCUUACAAGUAUGUAUGUAAUUAGUUGAAUAGCUGUCUCAUUCAAGGAAACCUACACCUACCAGUAUCAAGCACUGAAACCGAUGUCCUUUACUUGUUAAAAGCAAAUAAUUACUGAGCCAUGGUGCCAAA